CGUUUGACAUUUAAGUCAUUUAAGGGCAAUACCAACAUAAGAUAUAGAAAGUGAAAUAUUAAAUGACAUGUACAACAUCGUUUUCGAGUUUUUAUUAAGAUUUUUAAUCGACGAUUUGUGAACGUUCGAAGUGCAACAAAAUCUAAAAAAAUGACCGGAAAUAGACGUUAAAUUGUUUCCGAAUUCGUCGGAUUCGGUGCCAUAGUGGAGCAGAUGUUUACGUUUUUCAUUGAACAAUCUUGAAGGUACCACCGAAAAUCGAAUAAAAACCUCACACGAUGUCCGACGAUAAACUCAUCGAAGCCAUCGAACAUUACCAGAGAAACUUGAAUAGAGGACUUAAGGAUGACAAUACGGCCAAGCUUUUGCAUUGCAUCUUCAAACUCUCCAACUUACCAAUUACGGUGGGGCAUUUGGAAGAGACUGGAGUUGGGAGGACGGUGAAUGCAAUGAGGAAAAUGGAAGGAAAAGUUGGGGACGCAUCCAGAGAGUUGGUUAAUAAAUGGAAAUUAAUGGUCUCUCAAAAUCAGGACUGUGAUGAUACCAAUAAAAAUGAACCUAAUGGUAAAAGCGAUUCUAGUCAUAGACAAAGUGAUAAAUCGAAAAAUAGAUCGGAUAAUUCAGAUUCGGAGAGUGAAAACACAAGUUCGGAUGAGAAAUCUUCGGAAAGUGAAAACGACGAUGAAGAAGACGAAAACGAUUCAGAUAGAUAUGAAAAUGUAAAAAGACAUAAAAGUGAAUCACCACCAAGAGAAAAAUAUAAAAGUCACCACCACCACCAUAAAAAAAGUUCAAAGGAUAAAAGAUAUAAAGAUUACGAUCGAAAAGAGAAAGAAUACAAAUAUAAGAAAGAUAAAUCACCAAGUAGAUCACCAGAAAAAAUUAAAAGUAAUAAAGAAAAAGACAGAUUUAAAUCAAAUUCAUCAAAUAAACGUAAAAAUGAGGUGGACAAUGAAAGAAGUCAUUCAAAAAAACAUAAAAGUCAUCAUAGUAAGGAAGAUGAAAAUGUAAAUGAAAGUAAAAGGAUUAAAGAUAAGUCACGUACUGAAAGUAAACAUAAAGAAAGUAAUCAAUCUUUAAAUUCUUCACAAUUGGUGGUGAAGGAGUCAAAAAAGGAGUCAAAGAGGGAGAGUUAUGAUAAAAAAUCGAAAAGUAAGGAAAAAGAUGAAAAGAAAGAUGAAAGAAAAGAUGAAAAAAAAGAUGAAAGAAAAGAUGAAAAGAAACAUUCAAUUAAAAAAGAAUCGAAAUCGAAUCGUAAUGAAAAUGGGAUUUGUUCUGAAUCUGGGACGAGUUUCGCGGACGCUUUAGGAAUGUUAGAACCAUCCACAAGUAAGAGUACCAUCAUUACUAAUAGUAAUAAAAAAAUAAAACCGGAACGAAGUAUACGAGAAAAAACUCCUGAAAAAUCUUAUCGUAAAGAAUCCUUAGAUAAAGAAGAUAAAAAAGAGAAAAAGAAGGAAAAAGAUAGAGUUUCUACUUCUUCUUCUAAAAUAGAAGUGGUGGUACCGCCCCCACCACCUAAAAACGACGUCGAUAUAAACAUAUCAAGUCUAUUACCUAUGAUAACACCAAAUUAUCGGCCGUUAGCGAAUCCUUUAUACGAUAGUAUGCAAAAUUUGGCGAGGGGGAAAGCUUUGAAUGAUGACGAAGCUUUAAGUUUAGUUAUGUCGCAAAAAAACCAAAGAACUAAAGUUUAUUCCGGUAAUAAAAUGUUUUUUAACUCAAUUCCAAGCUUAUUCGAAUUGUGUAUAAGAGUCUUACAGGAUAAUAUAGAUGCUUUAGAAUACACUGGAGGAGUUCCUUACGCAAUUUUAAAACCAGUAUUAGAUAAAGCGUCACCUCAACAACUUUACACAAUGGAACAUUACAAUCCUUAUUUAAUCGAAGAUACUGACGAAUUGUGGCAAUUUCAUUGUUCGAAAGAUUUUAAAAAUAAGCGUAGGGAAGAAUUGGAAUCGUGGCGUGAAAUGUAUAUGCGUUGUUUAGAUGAGCGCGAGGCGAAAUUGAAAGCUUUAACUGAAAAUAUAAAGGUGGCACAAGAAAAAUCAACUCCAGUUCGACAAACUAAAUUGGCGUACAUUGAUAGUUUUGUAAAACCACCGCGGGAUGUUAUUCGGAAACAAGCUAAGAAUGGGAUUGAUAAGAAACCGUUGAUUACGCCACAAUCGAGAUUAAAUGCGAUUGCAGCUGGAAGUUCAAAUGCCCAAGUUUCCGUUCCAAAUCCUGUUAGAGCGUCGAGUAAUAAUAGUUCGGGGGCGGUUAAACCUAAAAAAGCUCCGUUAAUGCAAAAGACGUUGGCGUUUUUAAAAGGUGGAAGGUUUCGUAGAUAGAAAUUUAAGAAAAAAAUUAAUAUUUUUUAAUUAAUUUUAAAUGAUUAUGUGCAAGUUUUGAAAUUGUUAUAUUUUUUCUUUUUAAAGUACAAAAGGAAAUGAAUUUUACGAAAUACAAUGAAAAGAAAAAACGAUAAAGGACACGAUAAUGGGAUUGUUGGACUUUUUUGAAUUUUUAAACUUAUUAUUCUUUUUGUAUAACUAAAAAAUUAAUUAUGUAAAGUACAUGAAAUUUCCAUGUUGCUAGGUUGUAAUAAGUAAUUGUCCUUAGUAUGAUGUGUAUUUUUAUCAAUUUAUAAAAUUAAAUUAAUUAUUUUGGUA